AUGAUAAAUUAACAGUCAAAUUAGGAAGUGGAGGAUUUGGAUUCUGAUGAUAUAGAUAUUAUAUUUAGGAGAAUCAAAAUAAUUUUCUUUUUUAGUUUAUUAUAACUAAGUGUCUCUGGAGGACUAAUGUACUUACAUUACGGCUUUAUCAGUUAUAUGAUAAUAGAUGGUAUUGGAAUAAUAUAUUCACUUUUGUUGUAAGCCAUUCUAAGUAAAUUAGAGAAUUUAUUGGUCCUAUGAUUAAAAUCAAAAAACAAUUCAAGCGUAACAACAUCACACAGAAACAACUAAUAAUUUCUUAACAAGAUUUUAAUUAGUUUUUAGUGUCACAAUAACUACUAUCUUUAUUUAUGAAUUUAUGGGAUUUCUACUCAUUACCAUCUAGGAGUAGAAAAUUUAAGAUUUAUUUGUCUUUUUAAUAAUAAUUGGAUAGAUACUUGAAAUUCUAAUAUAAAUUGUAAUUUUGAUUACCAAUAGUUAUUUCUGUAAAUCACCAAAUGUAUUAAGAUUAUCAAUUUAUUUCUAAAGGUAUUAAAAUAUUAUCAUUUAAGUCUAACACUUUCUUUAGUAAUUUUCUUAAGUUGGAUUAGAAUCUAUUAGGUUCAAGAAUUACCAUCAUAAUUAUAAACAGCUGAUUAUUGGAUUGAAUGGAAUACAUUACUUUAAAUUCCUACCCUUUUAUUUUUGGCAGUAUCAAUGUUAUUCAAUUAUAUGGGUAAUAAGAAGGCCUAUAAUAUUUUGGGUACUAUUUUCUUACUUUUAUCUAUCUUGCAUACUGUCUUUGGAUGUUUAGUUAUUAGAAAUGGAUAGUUUUGGGUUCCAGUUAAUGAUCAAUUAGCUUUACGUGCCUUACAUAGGGAUAUUAUUGAAGAUUUGGGAUGUGUCAAAUAUUUAAAAAAUGAAAAUUGUCCAUUAAUCUAUUAAGUUGAAGCAUGGGAACAAAAUAAUGAGCUAAAAUGUUUAUAAUAAAAUUGUGCAGAAAAAGCUAUCAAUUAUAUUAAAAAUCUUAAUUUACAAUUAGGUUUAGUUUUUCUUUUUGAAGCUACUUUACUUUUUAUAAAUACAUAUGCUAUGUAUACAGUAUCAGUAAAAUAUUAGAUUAGUAAACUACUUAAUCCUUUAACAUAAAAAAUUAUUAUAAGCUUAUUUUUUAUAACAACCAUAAUUGGAAUUAUUUGUUUAGAAACUAUACCUUUAUCAAAAUUAUAAGUUUAGCCUUCUCUUGAUUAUUAAGUUGAAUAAGAUAUCCUUCCUUAAUUUAAUUAAGUGAAUUUCAACUAAAUUAAAAAUAGUUUUAGUGUAUAGGAUUGUUCAACUGUUGGUAAAUUAACUUCUAUCAAUGAGUUUUAAGCAAUUAAUUGUGAUACAACCUGUGAAUAAUAUGAAUUUAUUGUGGCAUUAACAAGUUCAAAUAGUUUUUUUAAGUAAUUAGAACCAAACUAUGUUAAAUCAUUUAAUUAAGAAUUUACAAAUGAAUAUUUCAAUAAAAAUAAUAUUCAACAAUAGAUUGUUAUCAAAGGAAAUAAAAAUUAAUUAAUUUAAGGGCUUAAUAAUAUAUAAGUUUGUUCAGAUAGCUCAUAAAUAUAAAUUGAAUAUUCAGUAGAAUAAGUUAAAGAAUAAAAAAAUAGAUUACUACAAAGUAAUUCUUAAUUAUUAUAUAAAUUAUUAAAUGUAGAAUUGAAAUUAGUUGAUAUAUUAAGUAAUAAAUUAAUUGGAAAAGGAACAUUAAGAGUAUAUAAAGAAUUUAUUCAAUGUUCUCAUAUUAAUAAUCAACCAUAUUUUGAAUAAUCUGUUAAUGAUAAUAAUAUUAUAUACAAUAUCAAGAAAGGAUCAUACUUAACGAUAUUAUUUAAAAAUGAAAAGUAUUUUGAUUAUUGCGGAAACUUCUUUGUUUAGGAAGAAAAGUUAACUCUUUAUGCUUUCAGAUUGAAUAAUAACAAAUUUACUAUUAUAGUUAAAUGGGAAAAUGAAUAAGAAAUACCAGUUUACUUGAUUGCAAAUUAAAAAAUAGGAAAGAAUAUGAAUUGUUAAGUUGGUGGUUAUUUUACUGGUUGUGGACACAUAAAAAGUAAAUAAGGCAAGAAUUGUAAAUAAAUAUAAAUAUAUAAUUAGAUUCUUUACUUUAAUUCUAAGAAUAUAUGAAUAAUGCUAUCAUUUUUUUGUAAGAUUAUGAGGUUAAUAAUUAUAAUUCUUUGGCUUUGUCUAUUAAUAUAUAUUUUAAUGGAGUUUCAAAUACAUAAUACAUAAAUUAUAAAAGAUCGAAAAUCUUAAAAAUAUUAUGCAUAGAUUAAAAUGGAAAUUUUAAAAUAGUUUAAGAAAUUGAUAACAAUAAUUUAUAUCCAAAAACUUGUUGA